UUUUCAUAUUAUAGAGAAUUAGUGAAGUUUUCACUUUAUUUACAUAGAAAAUAAGGCUGCACUCGUGAAGGUGUGUCUAUUACAAGGAGUUUAAUUCAUAUCGUAACUUAUAAAGAGCAACCAAUUAAUAUAGUUGUUUGUAUAGCUGAGGGCUGGACGAAUACAAACUCUUUUUCAAUGUUUACUAGGAAAAAACUUAGUUCAUUUUCCAACUUUUGUUCAAUGAAUUUCGAAUCCAUGUUAUAUUAACAGAUGAUAACAUAUAGUGUCGAGUGACAAUUUAUAAGGAUGCGAAAAAGUUGACAUAUAUAAUUAUAAUAUUUCAUAAACAGCUGCUCGGAUUAACUAUUUUUCAAGAUCAGAAGUAAAGAUGAAGACACUUGUUAUUCAUUUAGCAUUUUCCCUGUUUUCGCUCUGUACAGCAUAUGGUCCACCAACUUUAGCACAUCCAUACAAAAGACGUCAAGUUGUGGAUGUUAACACUACCAAAAAACUAUUGUGUCCAGUGGAAGCAAAUCCUCCAGCGUUAAAUCAGUGGUAUAAAGAUGGAGAUGAUGUAAAUGGAAUAUGGGAUAAAUUCAAGAUUUUAUCAGAUGGAUCUUUACGUAUAUCGGACAUAACAAUGGAGGAUGCUGGGAACUAUCUAUGUAAAGCUGUGAAUGGUUUCGGCAGCUACUAUGUGAAUUACACAUUAAUUGUAAAAGAUGAAUCUACAGGCAUGGUUAAACAAGACAAUAAUCUGUAUCCCAAAUCAGACAGUGAAGACUUGUCCAAAGAUGGAGCUUCACCACAUUUUGUUCACAAAGACAAGAUGAAACGGCAACAUUUUGCUAGACCUGUUUCAAGUUCUGUGAGGUUCAAGUGUAAGGCAACUGGAAACCCAAUUCCACAUAUAGCUUGGUUAAAAGACAAUGAAGUCAUCAAUAAUCAUGGGAAGAAGCCCAUGUGGACAUUAAAGUUACUCGAACUGACCAAAGCUCAUUCUGGCAAAUAUACAUGUCUAGUGAACAACCGACUUGGGUCCAUUAAUUAUACAUACACAUUGGAUGUUAUAGAACAAUACCAGGAAAAACCAGAAUUAAUUGGUCCUCAUCCAUUAAACACAACAGUAGAUUAUGGCCAGCAGGCAUCUUUACAAUGUAAAGUCAAAAGUUUGAUAGAACCUCACAUUCAGUGGCUGAAACUCCUCGAGAACCCAAAAGUUGAUAACAACCAGUCAACUAUCAAAGUAGGAAAAGAAUUAUUUGUUGUUUUAAAAACUGGUGAUGUUUAUUCCAUUCCCAACGGAACAUUCCUCAAUAAACUAGUGAUAAAUAGAGCCACAGAGGAACACAAUGGAAUGUACAUUUGUUUAGGAGCUAACAUCAGAGGAUACACCUUCAAAAAGGCCUAUUUACACGUUAGACCAAAUCCAGCAUUAUCAGAAAUGACCUCUGAUACCUCCAGUUCAUCAUUACCUCUCACAAUAGGUGUGCCUACUUGUUUCGUAUUAAUUGCAGUGACAAUUGCAAUCACUCUUCUUCAUCGGAGGAAAAAAACAAAUAACUCGUCAAAUGUGAAUAAAGGACCCCGAUUCAAUGCAGUUCCAACAACAGAGACUGAAUCGUUUCCUUCGAUGCACUCUAACCAUCCUACAAACUUGCAUGUGAACCCCAUGCAUGGGGUUCCACAUCCGAACUUAUAUCCAGGUCUGCCUAACAGUCAGUACACUGGUAUAUCUAAUAACCAAAUGUUCCCAUCAAGUAUGGGUUCAUCUAAAAAUCAUAGCAUUGACUUUUAUACAGACAUUUCAUCCGUAUCUCAAAAGCAUCAUCACCACCAUCAUAAUACACCACAGUUUUCAUCCUCACAGUAUUCAUCAUAGCCAAAGGGAGACAACUUUAAUUACGGAAUACCUCAGACUUUAUUAAUCGCCAGUUAUCGAGAAAAGAUGAAGAAAUUUUAUUCUGUAUUGUACACUUUAGUAAACGUUUGUUAUGAUAUUGAACUGUUUUGAGUUUGUUCUUGAAUGGGAAGGGAGGGAACAUUAUCUGUACACCAAAUUGAAAAAUUAUUUUUCAAAUUCUGAAAAAUUUCUUAAUCAGUGGUCUAUAAUCUUGUCAAAAUUGAUAAAAACUUAAAUGUUCUUAAAUGCUGUUUGUAUUUUAUGUCAAGUAUAUUGAUGUUUAUGAUUGAAGCUUCUUUUUUUUUUUGGUUCAGAUACAAAAGUUGGGAUUAAGUACAGAGUACAAUUUCUGGAGAAAAUCAGUUGAUCUAUAACAUUAGUGACUAAAUAUGUUUGUCAUUUAUUGCAAUACAAUUUUUGUUAUGUAAAUACCUUUUUAUAAAAGAAUUUAUACUUAUUUGUAGCAAGAAGUGCUUUUUGUUAAUUAUUUUCUGUUAGUUGUGUAUAUAGUUUAUGUGAUUUAAUAUUUAAUUUAAUUUCAUUCCUAAGGAUUUUCUUUCACUGAAGAGGAAUUCUUCAUAUUAUUUUUUUAAUAUUAUUUCUGUAUGUAAAAUUUGGGAUAUUAAAAAAAUUAUUUGAAAUUCAGCUGAUUAAAAAAAGGAAUCUCUUUUUUGUCCUUAAAUUUUCAGAAACAGUUAUCUGUUCAUACAAAAUAAUGUUAAUUUGUAUACAAUAUUAAGUUAGGUUUAUACACUUAUGAUUUGGGUUGUUUUUUUGGUUGUUUUUUUUUAUUUUAACCAGUGUAAAUAUAAGAAGUCACAAUUUUUAUCAUUUGGUUAAUAUAUAGGGAUAUGGUCUACCAAAUCUGAAUUUCAUGCAUAUUUUAAAAAGUACUAAAUGAUAUGUAUAUAAUUUUUCUGCAUUGAAACUCUUUAAUAACUGUAAAAUGUAUUGCAUUGUGUAGAGAUUGAAGACACAUUGUUACUACCAAUCUGUUUAUUUGGUAAACCCUGUGUCAUUUUAAAUUGGUGCUGCCAUUUUAAUUAUCCUUUCAUAUUUAACUGCUUUCUUUUGUGAAGCAAACAAAGUAAAUGUACAACAAAUUUUGAAAAACAAAAAAUUUUGAUAAACAAAAAUUUCAAAUAUUUGGCAUCAUGGAACAUGUCUGUAUAUAAUAUGUUACAUAAAAACUAGUUAUAAAAACUUAUUUUUAUUUUUUAGAUUAUUUUUAAUUACUUAAAUAUUGUGUGUUCAUGAUUUAGUAAUACAUGUAAUAUAUUUGAACUGAAAGCUCUUUUGAGAAAAGUAGGUAGGCCAUAUUUCUUCCAAGUUAAUGCUUUUGAAACAGGCAUUUGAAUUCAAUAAAAGUAUCUAUGUGUAUAAGUGACCAGUUGGUAAAAGUAAAAACAAAAUUUGAUUACAUAGAUGAUUUGAAAUAAGUUGUAAACUAUGAUUUAGAUACUUGAAACAGGGUUAUUAUAUUUUACUUUUCUUUUUUUUUUUACUUUUAUAUCGGUAUGAAGACCACCAUACAUAAAACAAAAUAUAUUUUGUGAUAUUUAUUAUGCCAAAAGGAGGAGAUGUGUUCUGUAUAUGAUUUCCUUCUAUUUGUAAAUAGUUUGUACAUUAUUUGUAGAAAUGUAUCUUUGGUGCUGUAUUUUAGGCAGUUAAGCCAAAAUAUGUAUAGAACCUAGUCAACAUAGCUAAUAUACAGUAUUUGAGACAUAUCAACCAAAGUCUUUAUCAGAAGAAAUGCUUUAUAACUAUUUCCUUUACAAGAAUUUUAUUCAAGAGGAGUAGGUUGCUUGAGUUUUCCAGUAUAACUUUAACUGUUUGGAGAUUAGGGAACCAAUUCUUUUGCCUAUACAGACUCUUUUUGAAAAAAUAAAAUUUAUUUGACAAAUAAUUAAGAUACAUAGCCAUAUUAUUAAAGGCCAUAUGAAAUAACCGACAGUGAAAUCUGUCUUAACCAAACUCUGCUAAAUUCAGAGAUCUGUCUUAACCUAACUCUGCUAAAUUCAGAGAUCUGUCUUAACCUAACUCUGCUAAAUUCAGAGAUCUGUCUUAACCUAACUCUGCUAAAUUCAGAGAUCUGUCUUAACCUAACUCCCUCUUAAGUACUAUCUGAAAUCAGGGAGUUGUCUAAACCUGUCUAAAUAAAACCCUGCUUAAAUCAGAAACCUCUCAUCAGAAACCAAACUUAACUUUUCAAUCAGGAAAUUAGAAUAUAUUAAGUGAGCAAAAUUUUAUUUCCUGUAGCCUUUGACAUAACGCUUAUUUUUUACUUGAAACUUCGUCAUAAAGGAAGAGGUUUUGGUGUGGGGGUGGGGUUAUUGUAACUCACAACAACUAUUUACUGUAGUUAAAUGUUUUGAUGUUGAUACUGGAGAAUAUAAGCACCUACUCCUUAUUCAAACACAGCCAGAGAGCAUUUGUCUGGGUUUGUAAAUUUUCAUGAACAUUUGUAUAUAGAGGGACAUUUUCCAUGCUUUUUUGUUGAACAGAUAGUUUAAAACGAAGUUGCAAUAGAUAAUACUGCGUCAUGUGAUUAUUUAUUUUAGUUUCAUAUUUUGAUACGGUUGAAUGAUUUGUAAGAGUAAGAUAUAGGUGACUGUUAAUAGAAUGUAUGAAUCUUGGAUAUAUUGACCGUGAUGGAUGAUAGUUGUAUAAAAAUGGAAGCUGUGAUUGAAAUGUGAGUUUGCUCAUAUUGAGAAGAAUAAUGUUUGUGGUCAGUGAUGUAAAAGUGGUUUAUUGAAGUAUUCCUUUCCUUGCCGAUAGAUAUUUUUUUUUAAAAACAAUUCAAAAUUCUCGUUAUUUUGAGAAUUGCUUCACCUCUUUAUCUAUCAUAUACCUAGUUGUAUAUUCAACAAAUUUUAAAGCGUUAUAGUCCAUAUUUGUAUGUUUUUUAAAUGAUUCAUUUUGCAAUUUUUUACAUAAUUUAGAUUUUUUUAUUCAAAAUUAACUUACCUCUAAAGUUCAUGAUAGUCCAAAAUCAGCUGUAUUUUGUGAUUGACCUUGAACACAUAUUUAAUGACCUUGAAUACUGUCAAAUAAAAAUAUGAAAUUUCUGAGUUUCUCAAAGAAACCUUUCCAAAUAACCACCUUUUUCAAAAAUAGAACUCAACUCAUGAAAGAGGGAAUGUUUCUUUGGUAUUUCUGAAUAACAAACAAUAUCUACCAUAUCAAAAAAGUCAAAGUUUAAUAAUUUUUAAAGAAACACUGAAGUACUAAGUACAAUUAAUACUGAAUUAUUUAAAAACUGAUUAUUCUUUUUUGUAUUGAAAGUGAUGUAUCACCUUAGUGAUGAUAUUUAUGAAUGAUUGUUUUAAAAGAAUUGGAGAAGAUGUUUAUAAAUGAUUGUGUGAUACACGAAUGAUCUAUGAUUGCGUGGUACCUGAAUGAUCUUCAAUAUUGUUGCUGUCUACUCUUUUGUUUUUGAUAAAAGUCAACCAAAGUUAGUUGACAUAUUUGUUAUGCCUUCAAAAUAAAUAGUAAAACAAUA